AGUUAUCUAAUACAGUAACUACCAAACCAAGCUUAACACUAUUUUGUAAUUCUUGAAUAAAUGUAAUUUGUCUACUGGUAUGGUUGAGAGACUGCUAAACCGGAGACAGGGCCUUGAGAAUUGGCCGGCCCAAUUCAGAGUCCAGGUGGGUUUCUCUGUCUCACAGAUUCACAGACAGCUCUGAGAAACAUUUCACCUCACUCUUUUGGGAUCAAAGAGACGAAACCCUAAACAAGAUGGGUGGGAGGAAUGACGAAGUUGGUGGAGAUAAAGAGAAAGAGGAAGAGCAAGAUGACAUGUCUGUGCACUCUCCCUGUAAAGCCUUACCAUCCUCCGCCUCUUCUCUCUCCAAGGAGCAGUCACAGGUUGAAUUGGAGCUCACGUUAUUAGAAGCUCUUGAAAUCUAUCCUCCCGUUAAACUCCGAGGCAUACAUCGCCACUUUGUUCUUUAUGGUCUGAUGGAAUAUCUCGGCAGAAGCUUUGACCGACAGUUCUCAGCGGAUGAGGUUCUGCAGCUACUGGAUCGUUUCUACAACAUUGAGAUGCUGAAAUCAGAUGAUGAGGAGAUUGACAUUCUUAACCACGAGGAAGACUUUACCUUGCCGCCGAGUUACUUUGAUAAGGAAGAACUAUAAAAGAAGAAAAAUGGUAUUUGCUUCCUUUUUACACCUCUUUUUGUAUAUGGUUGGUUAGGUUUGUCCCCAGCUCUUAUGAUAAGUCCUAUUGUAUAGUAUGCAGUAUUAAUAUAUAACCAUCAGAUGCACUACUGAUCUUUUUUUACUCUGUCAAAGAGUUUAAUAGAAACAUGUUUUUGUCGUCUUUUCAUGAUGACAUUUA